AGCAAUUGAUGGGUAUGCAACCUGAACAAUGGUUGAUAUGUCCGUGGAAUUCAGGUGAUCACUGGUUGACAAUUAUGAUUCAUGCCAAUACUCAAAGUGUUGCAUAUCUUAACUCGACGAAUGACUUUAUCCGAACUGAUAUUAUGAAAUGUAUCCAAAAUGCUGUGGACAUGUACAGGAUCGAAAAAAAUAUACGAAACAAGGGUCCAGUAAAAAUCAACCAAUACACGUGUCGACAGCAGCCGGAUGGAAUACAAUGUGGUUAUUAUGUUAUGAAGAUUAUUCAGAGUUUCAUGACGGUUGUUAAUCCUGCAAGUUUUUUGAAAAAUCAUUUCAAGUUAGACGCUCCCUAUAGUAACGAGGAGAUCAAUGCCGUACGGGAUGAGUUGGCCGAAUUUGUGAAGCCAUUGAUUAUAGAUUAAGUACUUAAGGUUACUACACUUUUGAUAUAAUACAUGAGUAACAAGUUUUAUGAUUAUUGUUAUCUUUUGCAUA